GGUCUACUGUCCUUCUGACCAAUCAGAUUGGAGAAUUUAACCGCACUGUGGCGUGUUACCAUCAUUCCUCUGCAAUUACUGAACGGUUUCAUCUAAUUCUGGGGGUUUUCGGUGAUCUGGCAACAUUUUCCUUCCACCCAAUUAUCCUGGUUUUUACAUCCAGCACCCAGCGGCAUGGACGAAUGGGAAGAGGGGUUGUAGAGACGUGCAACCGGCGGUAACCAAGCAGUGGCCGCUUCUUAUAGCCGAGGACAGUUACUCUGGCGCCGAGGAGGGAGCGGCAACAGCUGGGGGAUCCAUAGCAACCGCAGAUAAACAUGAGUUACUAUAUCAGACCCUCCAGCUCGAGCAGCUUCUCCUCCGCCGCCACUGCCAGCUCCCUGAACGAUGACGGCGUCAGCUUGAGACAGCAGAAGUUGGAGAAACAGAGAGUGCUGUUGGAGCAGAAGCAGCGGCGAAAGCGACAGGAGCCGUUGAUGGUGCAGCCGAACCCGGAAGCUCGUCCACGCCGCUCUCGGCCACGCCGCAGUGAGGAACAGGCUCUGCUUGUCGACUCCCGCCUCAGCAUCACCAAUGAUGUCAUCUUUGAUGCAGGUAUUGAUGGACCUGCAGCUUUUUUAGGUCCAGAGGCUUCUGAACUGGGCACAAAGGUCCAAGUGCAGACGGUCAGCCCGCCCCAGAAUCUCUCUCCCCCUCUACCUGAGGAGCCUGAGAGAGACGGAGACACUGAAACAUUGCUGGAACCCAAAACGGACAUACACACACUGCUGCAAAGACGGGGACUCUCAGACAGCAUGAACUACGAUGAAGUCAGCGACGAUGAUAAUGAUGAUGAAGACGGAGCCGGUUCUCUUUCCCCUAAUACAGAGUCCACACGUCCUGCCUCCGCAUCUAGUACCAAGUCCAGCACAGAGUGUGUGACUGUGGCCUCACCCACGGCAGAAGGCCCCUCCAUUGAAGUGGACAAUCUGGAGGAAUUUGUGCUGCGACCGGCCCCACGUGGCGUUCCAGUAAAGUGCCGUAUCACACGUGAUAAGAAGGGAAUGGACCGUGGCCUAUAUCCCACCUACUUCAUGCACCUGGAGAGAGAGGAUGGCAAGAAGUUGUUCCUAUUGGCUGGUAGAAAGAGGAAAAAGAGCAAGACCUCCAACUAUCUGAUAUCAGUAGAUGCCACAGAUCUGUCUCGCGAGGCCGAAAGCUUCGUGGGAAAACUGAGAUCGAAUCUGAUGGGGACUAAGUUCACUGUGUAUGAUAACGGCACAAACCCCAGCAAGAACUCUGGAGCUCUGCUGGAAGAGAGCAGCACACGGCAGGAACUAGCAGCUAUCUGCUAUGAAACCAACGUACUCGGAUUUAAAGGCCCGCGCAAGAUGACCGUCGUCAUCCCUGGCAUGAACAUGAACUUCGAGCGUGUUCCCGUUCGUCCCACGAACGACCAGGAGUCGUUGUUGAGCAAAUGGCAAAAUCGCUCACUGGAGAACCUGAUCGAGUUGCACAAUAAAGCUCCGGUGUGGAACGACGAUACACAGUCCUACGUGCUCAACUUCCACGGGAGGGUCACACAGGCUUCGGUCAAAAACUUUCAGAUCGUCCAUGAUAACGAUCCGGACUACAUCGUUAUGCAGUUCGGUCGUGUUGCUGAGGAUGUGUUCACGUUGGACUACAACUACCCCAUGUGUGCACUGCAAGCCUUCGCCAUCGGCCUGUCCAGUUUCGACAGCAAACUGGCCUGCGAGUGAUCCGUGCUGUCUGUAACUUCACACUCCUCCCUCGAUCCGUUCGUUCCAUUUAUUCCACAGCAGGGACGGCUUUUUCUCCUAUAUUUUUUUUGGUCUCUCCUCUCUAAAACUACCGCGCUCCUUCCCGUCUAGUCGUACUUUUAUGCACGAGCUCUGCUUACGAUGAAGGAACCCGUCUUGACGACGAUUUUUUUUUUCCAAGGAGAGAAAUGAAAGGUCAAAGUAAUCUAUCGAGCGAAACUGCAGCAUUCACACGGAAUAUGGUGGAGUUCUGUAGUAAAGUCCUUGCACACUGCACUGUUGAGACAAAAUAGUAUUUUCUUAAAUUUCAUUCGGUUUUUAUUCCUCUCGUUAAGAUCAUUUAAAAGAAUGCAGUAUGUAAUUAGGAAACCAUCAUGCCACUUUGUUAGAAAUAGAAAAAACAGAGAAUAUUAUAAGGGAAAGCGAUCAUAUGUAUACGACGAGUGUACACGCUGAAUGUGUUCUUUUGUGCUAAUGUGUGUCACGUCAGCUCUGUUGGCUAUAAAAGAUGCAGUUUACAUUUGACCAAUGGCAACGGGACAGUUCUCGCCACGCUCGCCAGUGUGAAUAGCGCUGUGGUGUUUGUUACGCUUUGAUUGGUCUUGUACAGCUCUUCAAUGAUCUGUUUUUAAACUCGGAUUUUAAAAAUGCGUGUGUUUUUUUUCAGGAGCACGAGUAGGGUACAACCCCCCAAAUUACAAGAUCUUCAUUACUACCAAAGUUCUUGUGUAAAUACUAGGAGGAACGAUUUACGAAUAAAUCUGUCCGUGUCCGGCUUGUUAAAUGACGCCCAGUAUCUGUGUUUCUCAGUGUCUGUGUGUCAUUCUAAGGUAUAAGAGAUCGUGGCUAACCAUGGCUAACUGUGACACUGUGACAUCCUUGCUCAAAACGCUGUGGUCCAAAUUGUGAAAGUCUCGAUAAUCACCUAGAUCAGUUGGCUGAGGUGGCAAAAUCUGCAGGGCAUUUGGUCCUCCACAUCUGUAAUUAAGAGUUAGGCGUCAGACUGCAGUCCUGUUUUAAAAUGACGUCUAAUUGAACUAUUCAGUUAAUUGCAAAAGCCAAUACAGGCUGAAUUUGGUGCGGUAGAAAGAGAGAGACAAAUCUCUGCAGGGCCGUGACCCUCCAGGAGCAUGUUUGAUACUCCUGCUUUUAAUGCUUUUGUGUGCCUUGUUGUUUAAUAUUUGUAAAAUGCAAUGAAACAAUGCCCCCCCCCCAGCUUAAAAUGGAAACACGAAUGACAAGACUGUUCUGGUAAUCGUGCUCUGUGAAUGGAGUCCUAACAUGUUCCACGUGAAGCACAUCUAUCCCCUGUACGGAUAGGGAACAACUCCUAGGAGCCGUUCAGGAAAAUAGACUUUAAGAAUCAUCGUUGUCAAACGAGCUGAUUGUAGCUUUAGCUGACAAAUCCAGAGGUACACGAUUCAACUCAGGAUUUAAGAUUGAGUUUGGGACGUUGUUCUGGAACAGACCCUGGUAAUUCUGGCUUGUGUGUGUUUACUGUAUGUAGUGUGUGUGUGUGUGUGUGUGUGUUUACUGUAUGUCGUGUGUGUGUGUGUGUGUGUGUGUGCUUGUGCGAUGAAACGGCCAACAGUUUAAUGGAACUAUCGCAAAGCCUAUAUUUUCCAUUUGAACAUUUUGGUGUGGAGGAAUAUUUGCAGAAAUUCUAUUUUACUUACGAUGUGUUCGAGGGACUCAUUUUUGACAAUUUGAGAUCAUGUAAUUUUCAGAAAGUGUAUUAUAUGCUGACUUGUACAUAGGGCUGUAAAUAAAAUGUCAGUGAAACAAC